AUGAGUGAUUUAAGAUUAAUAACUUCACUCGAUAUUAAUAUUGAACCAGUGACAAGAAAAAGAUUACUAUUUUCGCGAUUCGAAACUGUCAAAGAUUUAUUAAAUAUAGAUAUUAAUACCUUAAGUGAAGAGUUACGUAUUCCUUAUGUAGAAGCUUUUGAUAUAUUAGAACAAGUUAAAAAAAGACCAAGAAUAGAAACAAGAAAUCACGAAAUUCAAUUAAACCGUAUUUCAACGCUUUCUAAUUCGUUUGACCAACUACUUGGAGGUGGUGUUCAACUUGGUAAAAUCACAGAAUUUUAUGGUACACUGACUGUUGGCAAGACAACAUUAGGAAUACAAUUAUGUGUUAAUGUUCAAAUACCUGAUUGUUUAAACGGUCCUCAAGGAGAAGCACUUUUUAUAGACACAGAAGGAACUUUUUAUCCUAGCCGAGCACAAGAAAUUGCUAGAGAAACUGCUUCAAUAAUUCCUGUUAAAUUUGGAAUGGAUGAAGAUACUAUACUAUCAAAGGUCCAUGUGAAAAGAGUUGUACAUUAUCUUGGCUUAACAUUUGAAUUAUUUAAAGAUUCAGCACUCAAAAAUUUCAUUAAAGAUCAUUCAAUCAAAUUAAUUGUAAUAGAUUCAAUUUCAUAUUUAUUUUCACAAAUUCAUGAUAUUAAAAUGAGAACUCGAUUAUUGAACAAAUUUUCUCAAGAUUUAACAAAAUUUGUUACAGAGUUUGAUCUAGCAAUUGUUUUGCUUAAUCAAUUAACAACAAAAAUAGAAAAAUCAGAAAGGAGUGAAAGUUGGGGGCAUCAUAGCACAAAUCGUAUUGAACUUUAUUGGCAUAAUGAAAUUCGGUAA